CCGGCGCGCGCGCGGUGACGUGUUCCUGCAGCCGUUGUUGCGGCUCUACCGUCGCGACGCGAUCACAUGCAAGUCAAUGAAGCUCUUCCACCGGAGCUUUCUGCUGCACGUGGCCGUUCGCCUCGGCCACGCCGCGUUCAUAGAACACUUCAUAUCGCCGCUGAUCGAAGCGGCCGGCGGUGACCGUGACCUGACCCCGACCCCGGCGCAGGUCACGCCACACUUCAGGGUCUCGGAGACGGCGCCAGCGGAGCACCCCUCCGAGACGGCCGCCGACCACGGUGUGUUUCACAUGGACGACGAGGAGGGAGCGCCGGCCGCCCGCGAGGACGCGGAGAGCCAGGAGCGAGUGUCGGUGGCGUCUGAUGACGUCACGGAGACCAGCGAGCCCUCCAGACCCAGGGCGCCGGGGUGCCUGAUCUCUGACGUGGCGGCCGAGUCCGUGAUGUGGCUGGCUCAUCGGCUGGGCCCGGCCCUCACGUCCCGCCACUUGGCGCGCAACCUGCUGCGCAUGCUGGCCGUCUGCUACUCGGACCCGGACUCGCUGAAGCCGGCCCCGGAGCGCCCCCAGGCGGUGUACAGCCGCAGCUUGGCCGGCGACGCCGGCUCGGACAAGGUCCUCCUCUGCCUCUGCAGCAUUGCAGAGUUGUAUGGCGAACAGCUUAUCCUGAACCAGUACCUACCGCACGUCACCGAGCUGUGCGGCUCCGCCCUGCGCAAGCUGACGGCGUCGGUGGAGGCGGCGCUGAUUGGCGGACUGACGCUGCUGCUGCACGUGCUGCCCUACCUGAGCGACACGCUGCUCAUGGACCUGCUGCAGGAGUCCCUGCUGGCGGGGGUGUUCCGGCCCGUGCUUCAGACGGCCACUGACCCGGAUCUGACCUUCCCGUCAGGCGCGGCCGGCCGAGCCGCCGUCUGUUAUCGCUGGCUCAGUCUGGUUGUCAUGGUUACGCACCGCAUCGGCCUGGAGAUGUCGCUGCGCCAGCUGGGUGACGUCACCAGUCAGCUGGCGGCUACGUUUGGCCGCCUUUUCAAAAGGGCGGAAAGUCCUUGCGACCGGCCAGUAGCGGCCGACAGUGACGUCACGCGGCGCGCCCGAGCCGAGUUGGUCCAGGUUUUCACGCCGGCCCUGGCUCACGCCGUCUACGUGCCGCUCUGCCAUCUCUUGGAGGCACUGUGCACUGCAGCUUCGUCCGAAGACAUUGAACUGAUUCGCGACCUCUGCGUUCUCCACCGCCAGAGGGCAGUCACCUUGCCGCGGGAUGUCACCAGUGGCCCAAACGCCAGUUUGCCGAUGGCCGGUAGUACGGGGUCCGGGUCAGGCCGGGACGGCACCGCCGCCGCCACCGCCAGUGGGGGCGGCGCCGGCGGCGCUGGCGGUGCCGGGUUCGGCUCCACAGCUCCGGCCAUCGGCAACAGAAUCUACGUACAGGUGCGACCAAAGGCGGCUCCGGCUGGGACGGCAGCGGCUUCUGCGCCGUUUUGCUGAUGUGUGGCGACGUUGUUCCGUGUAAAGGCCGACUGAAUUCGACUUUCGGCUCGGGUGUAGG